CCGGGCCGCGCCGCGUGGUCCUCGGGCGCGGUCCGCGGAGCUCUACGGCCAUGGCCAGCCACCUCGUGCUCUGCAACGGCGCCAAGAUGCCCGUCUUGGGGCUGGGCACCUGGAAGUCCCCUCCCGGCAAAGUGACCGAUGCUGUGAAGGUCGCGAUCGACCUUGGGUACCGCCACAUCGACUGCGCUCACGUGUACCAGAAUGAGAAUGAGGUGGGCUUGGCCAUCCAGGAGAAGCUCAAGGAGCAGGUGGUGAAGCGUGAGGACCUCUUCGUCGUCAGCAAGCUGUGGUGUACAUACCACGAGAAGAGCAUGGUGAAGGGGGCCUGCCAGAAGACGCUCAGCGACCUGAAGCUCGACUACCUGGACCUCUACCUUAUUCACUGGCCCACAGGCUUCAAGGCCGGGAAGGAAUAUUUCCCACUGGAUGGGGAAGGCAAUGUGAUUCCCAGUGAUACCAGUUUUGUGGACACGUGGGAGGCCAUGGAACAGCUGGUGGAUGAAGGGCUGGUGAAAGCCAUCGGAGUCUCCAACUUCAACCAUCUCCAAAUUGAGAAGAUCUUAAACAAACCUGGCUUAAAAUAUAAGCCUGCUGUUAACCAGAUCGAGUGCCACCCGUACCUCACUCAGGAGAAGUUAAUCCAGUACUGCCAAGCCAAAGGCAUCGUGGUGACCGCCUAUAGUCCCCUUGGCUCCCCCGACAGGCCCUGGGCCAAGCCUGAGGACCCUUCCCUGUUGGAGGAUCCCCGGAUCAAAGCGAUCGCAGCCAAGCACAAUAAAACUACAGCCCAGGUUCUGAUCCGGUUCCCCAUGCAGAGGAAUUUGGUCGUGAUUCCCAAGUCCGUGACACCCGAACGCAUUGCUGAGAACUUCCAGGUCUUUGACUUUGAGCUGAGUAGUGUGGACAUGACCACCUUACUCAGCUACAACCGGAACUGGAGGGUCUGUGCCUUGGUGAGCUGUGCCUCCCACAAGGACUAUCCAUUCACUGAGGAGUUCUGAAGCUGUCGGUGCCUGUCCGCCCAGGUGCCCCGCGUCCCUCCUCCCGUAUGUAGCGUAGAGUGGCCUCUGCCCCUCGGUGGUGGGUCCGUGACCUGCUGACGGGCCCGUGAGGUGUUGGGUCUCAAGAGCAGUAUCAGCAGGUUAGAGUCUCUUCCAGUUUUGCCCUUCUUCUUGUCCAGCUGGGGAAUGUAGGACCCUGGCACCCUUUUCUGACUAAGUUGAAUCUAUAAAGUUGAAAUAGUGCCACUAACACCUGGAUUUUGGCUACCGGGAACGGUAACCCUUUCAUCCAGACUUCUUGCCUGAAAUAAUAAAGAGUUAUUUUGUGAACUUGA